UCCUCUCUCUCUCCUCUCUCAUUCUCUCUCUACCCUGCUCUGUACAGAGCAAAAAAAAACACAAACCAGAUGUUGCUGGGGAAGAGACAACGACCGCCGAUGAAUAGAACUACGAGUAUGUCGGAGAUACGGUCAGAUCUGAAUCUUCCCGGAGAAUCAGAGCCGUCGGAUCAGCUAAAUCCGCCGUCGUUAACCGAUCCACACCGGAGACCGUCUGGUCUGAACGAUCAGCUAAUCGUAGCCGUUGAUCAGCAUCGUGGGUCUUUUGAUCAACGGCUCUUAGCGAUGGUCUCACCGAGAGGUCUCCAGAGGAGGCACUCUGCCGAUUACAACUCCGAUUUCCUCAGAUCCUGCUCUCUCUGCAAACGCCGACUUGUUCCCGGCCACGACAUCUAUAUGUAUAGGGGAGAUAGGGCCUUUUGUAGCUCAGAGUGCAGGGAACAUCAGAUUAAGCAGGACGAGAAGAAAGAGAAAAUUGCGUUUGCGGCAAAGAAAGCUUCGGCGGUAGUGGCCGCAGCCGCGGUCGCUGGCUCUGCCAUUGAAGAGAGAGUGGUCGCUGCCGUGUAAUGCCCAUUACGCACACAUAUAUACGCAUAUAUAUAUAUAUAUCAUAUGAUAUAUAUGUGUGUGAGUGAGGCCAUGUCUGUAUAUGGUUAUGAUUAUGGUAUGAAUGUGAAGCAUUAUGGCGUUGACCGGCAUUAACUAUGUUAAAGUCCGAUGUAUGGAAUUAGAUGCUGUUUGGAAGGUUUGAAUUUUACAAGCUCUGAAUUUUCUCUCUCUCAGUUAUUUUGUUUUCUCUC